AGCAUGUACAAGCAGUUUCCAUCUACACACAUUUUAUGUAUGUGUUUUUGUGGUCUCGAAUAUAACUGUACAAAUACUGUGUCUUCAUACAAAUUUGAAUUCCGUGUAUGUGCUUGUGUGACCUAGUGUGUACAUUACACGGCGGGAAUUUCGCUUCACAUCAGAGACUGCGUGUGUAGUACUCACCUUUAAGAAACACGAUACUUUUGAAUGUGGAUGUGGGCUGUAAUGAAUUGUGCGGUUAUUCGUCUACAAACUUUGAUUAUGAUUCUCCGUGUGAGAGCAGAUCACGAGAUCAUCUGGAUUUAACGUUAAUACUAAUUAAGCAGAGCAAGAAUUAGCACAUCUUCGUGAGAUGGCGACAGCCACCUGCCCUGCCCUGUCCAGUGGUAUCAUCACGGCCGACAACCCAGCAGCUCUUGUCGUGAGCACCGACAGCCGCACCAACGGGACGGUGGUCAAAGUCUCGUGCUACAGCUCAAACUCCUACACUCUUAAAGGCAGCUCGCCGGUUACCUGUGUCAAUGGUGCAUGGAAACCACAGCAGCCCUCGUGUGUAAAAAAUGCCGACCUGUGUCCCGUGCUGGCCACGGACUACCAGGGUCUGGUGUUUGCCGACAACGUCAACUCCCUGAAAGUCAGCACCUACGAGAGGACGGAGGGGACGGUAGUAGACAUUUCCUGUUACCUGUCCGACACCUACACCCUACAGGGCAGUUCGAAGGUGACAUGUAAAAGUGGGGCGUGGGUCCCAGCACCUCCCAUUUGUGUUAAGGCAGACAGCAUCGUCACAGCAGCAGUACCCACUAGCACCCAGCUGAGUACUCACACGUAUGUGUCCAUAGCAGUAGCCAGCACGUGCGCUAUCCUGUUUCUUCUGCUCUUAAUUGUCGUCGUAUGCAAGGUGUGCCAGAGGAAUUCCAGGAAAUCUUCGAGAGUUGACUCGACUAGCAGCAUUUAUCAAAUAGAAUACGACAGUCGCUCCUCGUCAGCCCCCGGCCACAGCACACUCGGGACAAGCCCAUUCAUGUACAGCAGGGCAAAGGUCAUCAACUCGGACUGGCUGAACAAGAACAGGUCCUGGACCUACAUCACCGUGGACAGACUGCUCAGGGACAUCGAGAGGUCCAAGCGGGACAACCCCAACCACUCGUGGAGAGAUUUCGCCACCAUGUCGUCUCGGCCACCGUCCACCGACUGACUCAGAUAUUUGACCAUCAAAUUUUAAUAAUCUCGCUAAUGAACUUGGAUGAAACAAAGAUAUUUGAACAUUAAGUCAUCGCGCUAAUGAACUGAGAUUUCGCCACAAUGCUAUCUAAUUAUCAGAUACAAUGUUAUGUGCUAUACUUCUAAGACAUAAAGUGUUGAAUGUUUGUCUUGCUACACUGGUCCAACAUCCUUUCUACAGUGUCGCCAACCAUGUUACGGUCAGCACCGGUGGUGAAGCAACUUCGACUCCAGAAAUUAAGCAGUUACUUGUAAAUAAGGAAGUCGAUCUAUAUAUCUUCAUUAGAUAUUUUCUGAUUAUCAAGUUACAUAUCCACAACUUAAUGAUGUGAGAGUUUAAAUGUGAGAAAUAUUUGAUGCGCGGUUAUUAUAGCGUGUUACAUUUCUGUAUUUAGUGUAUGGCUUAUGAGUAGUUAUUGUGCAUCAUGAUAUACUUGAUCGUUUCAAACUUAUUUCUUCUAAAAACUAAGCGAUAUUGAAAUUCUAUUUAUAUAAAAUAAGUAAUCUUCUAUAAAGUUUAAAACUAAAUAAAACCAAAUAUUGUUUAUGCGUGAUAAUUCAUUUCCAUUGUGUUAUCAAGUUCCAUUCCCCUCGAUACCUUAUAUGAGUAUCAGUAGGCGGGAUCCGGAACACGAGGCCAAUCCAUCAGCAUUUUCUACAGGAGAUUUUUAUCUUAGCAACCCGAGUUAGAAGGGAAUAUUCUUAUACCAGGUUAGAUGGAAGUUAUCUCGAGUGCCAGAGGCUUCUCCGCAGCUGUGUGAAAGAAUUGAUUUCUAAGUUCGGAUUUAUUGAAACCAUAUGCGGAAAACCAAGGUUCCAUAUAAACAACGAGACCUAUUUGAAAUGCGAGCUCUUAUCAGCUUCAACGCCUAAGUCAAAUAUCACGUUAGUGGCUGAUUGUGUUGAGGAACCAUCGACUGUGUAGAAUGAAUUAUUUUAAAAAGUAUGUAAGUGAUGCGCACUGAUGUUGUAGGAUAUGAGUCAAAAACUUUACAUUUGUACACUGUUGUAAUUGUCUUAUUGGAGCUUGCACUGUAAACGAAUGU